AUGCCACUGGUCAUCAUCUCAGGAUUCCCGUCGGCGGGCAAAACCACCAGAGCCGCCCAACUGCAGCAGUUUUUCGAGUCCAAGAUUGCCAGCGCGCCGCCCGAUGCGCGCACGUCCCGCCUCAAGGUCCAUCUCAUCAACGACCAGAUGCUGGGCGUGCCGCGCUCCGUCUACCGCACGGCCAGAGCCGAGAAGGAUGCCCGUGCGGAAGAAUAUUCUGCCGUCAAGAGGGUCCUGUCGCGGGAUGACAUUGUCAUUGCAGAUGGCCUGAACUACAUCAAAGGCUUCCGCUACCAAUUGUACUGCGAGGCCAAGGCCUUGCAAACCCCCAGCUGCGUUGUCAAGCUGCACGUAGGCACGCCGCCCGACCGAUGCCGCCAAAACAACACCAAGCUGCUCGCGGAUGCCGAGCACGACGGCGGAUACGAGGACGACGUCUUUGAAAAUCUGAUUUUCCGCUACGAAGAGCCCAAUGGCAUGACGCGCUGGGAUAGUCCGCUGUUCAUCGUGGUCGAGGAAGACCAGACACCGCCGUGCGACCAAAUAUGGGAGGCCAUGGUGGGCAGCGACGGAAAGAUGAAGACUGUCCGUCCCAAUCUGGCGACCGUGCUGAAACCGGCGACGGAGCAAAACUACCUCUACGAACUCGACAAGACGACGUCCGACAUCCUUGCGCAGAUAAUGGUUUACCAAAAAGACCAUGCCGGCGAGGGAGGUGGUGAGAUAGCCGUGGCAGAUGUGGAGAAGCCCAUCGAGCUGCCUGCGACGCCAAUGACUUUGCCGCAACUCCAGCGCAUACGACGCCAGUUCAUUACUCUAAACCGGCAACACAGCUUCUCCAAAGCCCGGAUAAAGGAAGUCUUUGUCGAUUACUUGAACGCCGAGUUUUUGCGCUAG